GAGCUCGAGGAGGCGUGGCUCUUCCUGGUGAUCCUGUUAAAGGAUUAAAGCCUCCUCAGCUGUCAGAAACUGAAGCGUUCUGGGCGGCGGCGGCAAAGAAUCGAAGGGACACAAGGAUGAACAUGCUGUCUUCUUCAGUACAACACCUUCAGUUAAAAUCAGGUAAGCUCUUAUUUCUUUUCUCGAUCUUUGUCCUGGGUGUUUUUGUUUGGUGGAUGAAUUGGGAUCGAUGGAGGAAUUUGGUGUCACUUCCUUUUCAGGCAGCUUUUUUGGUCAAGUUUGGCCCAUUGAUCAAUACUUUCCUUUUAUCUCUGUGGGACUCAGACGCUGCUGUCUCAGGGCAGACUCUGUCCAUCUCCCAGGUGUCUCCUUGUUUCAUUUCCUUUCUACAAAUCUCUGCUCAUCUCUGAAUAUCCAGUGAACCAAACACUGAUUGUUCUCACAGGAAUGGGAAAAGGCGGAGGUUUUAUCUUGAGGAAAAUCUGAGUUACAGACAGAGACAGAGACAGACAAAGGCCAGUGUUUGUUAUCUCUGCCCCACAUCUUCUCCGAUUUUACUGCAUUCUGCUCCUGAUGAAAUAAACCAAAUGCAGCUAUUGGAGUACUGUAAAAGCACAAAUGAGCACGCACAGGAACAAGAAUGAUGUUAGCAUGUGUCACUCAACAUGACAUCAGCUAAAGUCUCUAAAUCCUCAUCACAAACACGUGAGUCAUCAGGUGCAUUCCCUGCCACGGCUAACGAGAUUCCCCCCAUUAAGCACUUUAAGUGGUAAGCUGUAUAGGUGUUGAAGAGUUGGAGCCGGAGGAGAAGAAGAAGCAGACGCUGAAACUUGGACUAGAAAACGGCAAUUUUCCUCCUGCAAGAGCCGAAGAGCACAGGCACAAUCCUGUGAAGGGUUUUCUUUUGUUUCUUCUUGUUUUCUCUGCUGUGCUUUAAAGCUUUGUUGGAUUGCCUGGUUGCAGCAGAUGCCAUCUGGCUGGAGUUUUAUCUGGAUUUUGUGCUGUGAGCUUUCGGCCAACUGUGGCCUCUUGCACAGAGCAACAAAACAUGAGCGAAGGAGAAAAUCAUUCCAUAUCCACCCAUCAUCUGUCAGUGAAGUAGCAUUGUGAUCAUUCCCUCUCAUCCUGAGACCUCUGGUGCAUCAUGGAUACUGUAGUGAGAGUGAAGAAGUCCUUGAGGACGCCCAUUAGGAAGCUGAGCAGCUGUAUGUCGAGGGUGAAGGAGAGGAAGUUGCAUGCCAAGUGCAUGAACAAGAGGAGCAGAAGAGGAGGAGGAGGAGGAGGCAGGAAGUUGGGGAGGACCCCUCCUCUCCAAACUGCACACCCCAGAGACCCGUCAUUCAUCCGCUCAUACCAGGCAGACCUGGAGAAGGAGAGAAAGCUGCGGGAGGCCAUGAACGCUCAGAAGAACGCAGAGAGAGCAGCCAUGAGAGCUCACUUCAGGAGAAAAUAUCAGCUGUCUGAGAGCCCCAAGGACACGAACCACUUGAGGUCCGUUGGAGGUAAAGUGUCGCUCCCCCGCGAGCUGUCGAAAAUCAUUCAUCCUGAAACCAAAACCAAGGACAACAGUUUCAACCUGCUGAGCGCCUUCCAAGGCCUCGGCUUCGGCACAGCCGCACUCACAGGGAGGAAACACAGCAAGACGUCCACUCCCACACCGGCCAGGGGGGACUACUGUAAAGUCAUGUGAUCGAUAUGUGAUCACAGGGAUGAUCAGUACACCGACAUACUGUCACGCUGUCGAACAUGACUGCUGCUCGCACACAAAAUGUGCUUCAGCAUGUUACAUCACCAGGGAUUAUAGUAUCAACAGUCAAAACAGAAAAACAGUCCCUGUCAGUGUUUUACUAUUGUUAACUGAUUAAUAUUAAUGAUGCACAAGUUCAUGAAAAAACAGCCCCGUUUUCUCUUUGUGACAGUGAAUUUGGGUUUUUAAUAUUUUAUCUUAAGAAGUAGAAUUUUAUGCUGAAGUUUAUCAGAGAAUUUUAAGUUCAAAAUCACCAGAUUUUGAGGUGUUAUUGUUAUUCAGGCUGUCAGACUAGUGUAGGGGAGUAAAAAGUACAACAUUUGCCUUUGAGAUGGAGUGGAACAGAGGUAAAAGGUUGCAUAAAAGGUACUUCAGGUUCGUACUUGAAUACAGCGCUUGAGUAAAAGUGUUUUCCACUACUGCCUGUUUCACACACAUCACUUUUUCAUUUUGUACAUAAUUUUUGUAGCAAUGAUAACACAGUCAAACCUGUAAAUAUAAUUAGUUCCCCAUCAAUAACCUUAUCAAUAGAGUUAACUUACCGACGAUACAGUAAUGGUAUUGAUUGAUAAAUAUGACAUUCAUAAUGAGUCUUCUGUGAAAGGACCAAUUACACUUUCAUCACAUUCAGAUCCUCGUUUUGUUUUACUCUAAUUCUAAUUGUUGUUCUGUAAUAAUUUUGUUUCGUAGAAUCCACAAGCUGUGCUGUAGCCAUUUUCUCCUUACAGGACAGUCACGUCUCUGUAAAUGAAACUAUUAUAGAUCCAAGUGGGUGAUCUAUACACAAGUAAGGAACCUCAGGGCAACACAUCCAUCACAUCUCUCUCUCUCUCUCUCUGUCUCUACACACACACACACAUGUAUAUAUAUAUAUAUAUAUAUGAUUAACUGAGAAAACUCUGUACCAUGUGUGUAUAUGGGCCAAACUGUAAUUGUACUGUAU